GUCUUGAGACAGUGCUCAUCUCAAUAAUGGGCUUAAGAAUACCAAGAAUAGGAAAAAAUAUAUUUGAAAUGAAUACGUGAACCAUUGUUUACUCUGGAAAAUCCGCGGUUGCUUCAAUCAAGUUUCAAGCUUAACAAACAUAGCAAGCUGAGAUAAAAGAUCUUGACCAGUUCAAAAAAGGACUAGCAAAGCGGCUGAAUAAAACAUUUGUGCAGACAACGCAAUUUGCAGUAGCGCUUCAAGGUUCGCUGAAGUUUCAUCAGCUAAGCAAGUCAAAAUGAGGACUGUAAUUUUCCUAGCAAUUGUAGUUUUCAGUUCCGCUAAAUCCCAGUCAGAGUCGUUGAGUGCAAAAAAAUGCCAGGAGUUUUAUUCAACCGCUGACAACAAACAAUUUAAGGAACCAUCUGAAAGUGGGCUAGAACUGGCUGAAUCUGAUGAAUUUCCUUAUAUGGUGGCAAUCGGAUGGAAGAAUAAAGAUGGAUUAAUUGAUUAUAGAUGUGCAGGAGUUUUGAUAGAUCCAAAAUUUAUAGUGGCGCCUGCGUAUUGUGCAGCUUAUCAAGGUGAAAAACCUAGUGUUGUGCAAGUGGGAAAGACUCAAUUAAAUGAACCUUCGCAAGCAGAAGACUCUCUCCCAAUAAAAAAUAUUAUAGUUCAUCCUGACCGCAAAGAAGAUACAUUUUAUAAUGACAUUGCCCUUUAUGAAUUGGAAGCCCCUGUGGCAAAAUUGCCAGCUUGUCUGUGGGAUGAGGCCGAAAUUUCUAACGCAGAGAAUACUUUAGUAACAUACGAUCGAAAUGAAACUGAAAGCGAAAAAGCGGAUAAGCUUAUAAAAAUCAAGACCAAAUUGCAUCCCAAUGAUCAAUGUAUGGAAUUUUAUAGAAUUUUCCCUAACGCUGAUAAAGGAAUCAUGGAUACACAACUGUGUGCUGUAGAAAUAAACACAAAGGAUUGUCGGAUACAAGCGUCUGGACCAUUGUUAUUGCAAAAGUUAGAUGACAAAAAAUCAAUUCCUUACGUUAUUGGAAUCAGCUCAUUUACAAGUGAAUGUUCGGGAGAUUCAGCACCUUCCAUUUAUUCGAAAAUUCCUGCAUAUGCGAAGUGGAUAGAGUCGGUUGUUUGGGUGUAAAUGAAAAUGUGAUAAAAAAUGCAAUCAUUUAAAAUCCAUGUACAUAGCUUGCUAUUCAAAAAUACAUAUGUGUACAAGUGUUUGAAUUUA